AAGCCCGAAGCCGAAGCGGACGGAGGAGUCGGAGCUUUUCCCCCCGUGGAGCUCUUGAGUAAAACAAAAGAAACAAGAGAAAGGAGUCGGAGUUUAAGUUCGGGAGACGGGAAUGUUUUUACUCGGUCUGAAGAAUAAAAGAGGAUUUUCCGUGUGAGACGCGAGAGCCGGAAAUAAAGUGCGGCAUGAAGCGCAGUGAAGCUGGACUGAGGGAAUGAGAGAGAGAGAGAGAGAGCAGGAGCUGGAGGAGUCGAUGAAUCGGUUACAGAGUCGUUUGAUCCAGAGUGACUCGUGAGUGAACCCUGCGUCCAGCCACGCUUCAGGUAAAGGCGACUCUUAAGAAGGAUGUCCAGUGCUUAAGUGUGAAUUAAAUCUUGAGCGUCAGACAUGAGGACGGAGGUUCUCGAGGCUCAUGGCGUGACUCAGAGGCCUCGCUGCCAACAUGGAUUGUUAUCGGCGACAAAGUGAUGAUGAAGCAUGUAACAAGUAGUAGUUUGGGACGGUGGCGUUGAGGAAGACUGAACUGCACUGAUCCUCCUCGUGCCACUGCUCGUCAGCAUGUUGCGCUUGCUUUCGCUGAAGCUCGCCCGCGUCUACCGGUGCGGCAAGUUCCUUUUCAUCGCAGCUCUGUUUGUCGUCUUGCUCAUGAACACCCACAACUUGCUCGCCUCCUUCCAGAGGAACGAGCUUACUGACCGCCGCUUCAUCGGCCUCAACAAGUGCCCGGCUUGCUUCGGGACCAGUUGGUGUCGUAAGUUUACCAACGGCCAGGUGACCUUCGAGACGUGGGGGCGGCUACGCUUUCUGGACUUCUUUAAUGUGAAGAACGUAUACUUUGCGCAGUAUGGCGAGCCCAGGGAAGGCACACGGAGGGUGGUGCUCAAACGCCUGGGCUCCAACACAGAACUUGCAGAGAUUGAUCAGAAAAUAUGCAAGAGGGCCACGGGAAGACCUCGCUGCGACCUCGUCCAAGCCAUGUACAAAACGGAGUUUGCCCGACUCAAUGGGGACGUCAGGCUGCUGACGCCUGAGGUGGUGGAGGGCUGGUCAGACAUGGUGCACUGCCCCUCCCAGAGACUCCUAGAUAGGGUUGUCAGGAGGUAUGCCGAAACCAAAGACUCUGGAAGCUUCCUCUUGAAGAAUCUAAAGGAUACUGAGAGAAUGCAGCUGCUGAUGACGCUGGCGUUCAAUCCGGAGCCUUUGGUGCUGCAGAGCUUCCCCUCCGACGAGGGCUGGCCGUUCGCCAAGUACCUGGGCGCGUGCGGUCGCAUGGUGGCGGUGAACUACGUCGGCGAGGAGCUGUGGAGCUUCUACAACGCUCCCUGGGAGAAGCGCGUGGAUUUGGCCAAGCAGCUGAUGGACAUCGCUGAGCAGCUCACCAACAACGACUUCGACUUCGCUCUGUACCUGCUGGACGUCAGCUUCGACAACUUCGCCGUCGGCCCGCGGGACGGAAAAGUCAUUGUCGUGGACGCGGAGAACGUCAUCGUGGCCGACAAGAGGCUCAUCAGGCAGAACAAGCCGGAGAGCUACGACGUGUGGUACGAGAGCCGCUACGAAGAAUGCGACAAAGAAGCCUGCCUCUCGUUCUCGAAGGACAUCCUGUGCUCACGCGUCACCGUCGACCACAACUACUACGCCAUCUGCCAGAACCUGCUGUCACGCUUUGCUGCGUGGCGCGGCACCACCGGCGGCCUCCUGCACGACCUGCCCCCUGACGUGGCCCGAGACGGCCAUCUCGCAGCGCUGCUGGACGAAUGCGCCCGGCCUCAGAAACGCUUCGGACGCUUCCAGGCAGCCAAGGAACUGCGCGAGUACCUCACGCAGCUAACGGAACAAGCUAGCGCGAAGAGGUAGUACACGCCGAGAGGCGGACUUUCUCCGCCCACCCGCCCCCCAGGACACCACAGAUACAAACUCUUUGUUGGUAAAGCAGCAGUGCUCCGAGACGUUUCGUUAUUUUGGAGCUGCUGAACGUCGUAGCUUUGACAGAUGCUAAUUAAAGGUGUUUUGCACUUGGGCCUGGCUGAGAGCACCGGGUGAAAAGAAAUCCUCAAUGUGUGUUUGUGCGAUGUUGCGCUGAUGCUAAUACAGGAGCCUUGUUAGCGGUAAUGGGGGUAUGUGAAGCCCACUUGCUCCGUCUGGCCUCUGAUCACAAUCCUCUAAUGAGGUUUAUGUUUAAUUUAUCGAGGUUCGUGGCAGAGGCCCAGAUUCAUGAAACAAAGCCUCAUUUUGUUUGUAGUGUUUAUCGUGCGAUGUCUUCUUUCAUGUCAGGAGGCAAUGUAACCCUUUUUUUUUUAAGGUUGAAAUUUUUCCUAUCCUCGUUAGGACUCGUUAUUAGGGUCCUGUGAGUUCUGCGGAAUGACGAAACUCGGACACCAAUUCCAUGUAUGUGAAGAAUUUUUAAAUGAACCCAAUAUUUGUGAACAUAUUUAAUGUUUUCAGCGCUUUAAGCCUGUCAUUUGUUGCUGCGUUGGAAAUCGCAUAACAUGGGUUAGCUAAUGAUAUUGGGAGUAACCUUUAAACGAUUAGCGCUAGGGGAUAUUUAAGAAUAAUUAACGUGAAUGCGAUCGGCACCAUUUACCAAAAAGUUUAAGGAAUUCAACUGAAAAUUUUCGGUUUCAGGAUCGCGCUAGUUAGUUAGUUAGUUAGUUAGCGCUAUAACCUGCGCUAGCUAAAAAGAAAAUUGCGAAAAUGUUAUUAAAAUGAGAAGAAAUCACGUUUAGUGUGUUAAACUGUAACGCAGCUCUCAUAGGACCUUAAUGUUAGGAAGUAUUUUCCGUGUAUGCAAAAGAUACCAAAGAGAAAUUUCUUUUCUUUUUUUAAUUACUUUUUCGGGUCAAGAAAGGAAGCACAGACUUCUUUUCCGCAUCGUAACCGUGUACUCACCCAGACCAGCGCAGUUCUGAUUUUUAUACGCGGUCCGUACCGUUAUAUAUAAAGUCAAGUAACAGUUGCACUACAAAACGAGCGCUGCGUUUACAGAGGUGACUUGCACUACACUACACGUCCGAUCAUUGAUUCGAACCCGUUCAAGGUGUGUGGGGGUUUUUUUUCUUUCUUUUUCCAGUUACUAGCUCACUUCUCUCCAUCACCUCAGUUCUGUCAUUUCUUUGGUGCAGUGUCAUUCAAGGUUACUCGGUAAAUGUGGUCUUACUGUGCCUUCAGUCUUUACAACUCCGUAACAACAUUAAAGAAUAUUAAAGUAAAUCUGUACAGUU